UCCAAAUCGGUGAUCUCUGAAGCUGCUAGUAAGGUCUGUGCUCGUGGUGACUCCUUUCAGUGAGUUUUCAGUGGAAAGGUACGAUUAUCCCAAACCGAGAGCGAAAUGGGGCGCCACUCCUCAGACAGCGAGGACGACAGCCGCAGCAGCCGCCGGAAGAAGAAGCACAGGCGUCGCUCCUCUUCCUCCAGCUCGUCGGGGAGCCGCGUGACCAGCCGCAGUAAGCGGUCCAGUCGGCGGUCCCGGUCGCGGUCAUGGUCCCGGGACAGAGACAGGAGGCGCAGAAGGAGGUCCAGCAGCAGCUCCUCCUACGAGUCGUCCCGGAAGAAGAGGAGCAGGAGCCCCGAGAAGAGCAAGCAGCGCUCCCACCGGUCCCGCUCCCGAAACCGCAGGUCUCACUCGCGGCAUCGGCGGUCCCGGAGCCGCAGCAGCGGGAAGUCCAGCCGCCAGCGCCGCCGCAAGGGGCGGAGCCGGGACCGAGAGAAGGGGCGGAGCCGGGACCGAGAGAAGGGGCGGAGCCGGGACAGAGAAAAGGGGCGGAGCCGGGACAGAGAAAAGGGGCGGGACAAGGACAAAGCCAAAGAGAAGGAGCCACGUGUGACCGGAUCAUCUCUUUAUGCGGCAGCUGCCGCUCCGCGCCAUUGUUUCUGCGCCGCGCCCGCGGUCGCCGUGGAAGCGGGAGAUUCCGGCGGCCGCUUCAAUGCCAGCAUCCCCCUGCUCCUCGCGCGCUCUUUGUGCACAACCCUGACGCAGGCUCUGUACUACUACUAG